AUGUACAUCAAACUUUUCACCUUGUUGGCAGUGGCUUCUCACAUCGCAACGGCUCAGGACAAUGAUGCCCAGACCCUAGCUCGCUACGAAGACACCGGCGAAUGCUACUGGUAUAACGGCAUCCAGAGUAAUUCGGCAAAGUCCAAACAGCCCUGCGAGGAGUGGUGCCAUACUCACUUCAACCCAGAGUCUGCAUACGGCUGCACAGCGGCCCAGUACGGAGAUGUCGAUCUCUCGAUAGUCAAGCCGUCGUUUAGGGAUGACGACGGUCUCAGCUGGAUCCCGGCCACCUGUCAGUGCGAUGGCCUCGAUUUUGCAUUGGAGAUAUUCGACGUUGUUGCCCAGGGACUUGAAGCGAUAGACUUGAUCUGCAAAGCCGUUCUGUCGGUUUUGAACGAGAUAGCUCAGAUCGGGCUUGACUUCGUACCCGGCGCCGGCGAGGCCAAGAUAGCCUAUCAGGCCCUUGUGAAGGGCGCGAAAACCUUCUCUGAGAACGCCUUUGAAGCGGCCGACUUUUUCGGGGGCUGGGUCGGCCCUGCCUGCGGGGAUCCCGGCUGGUCGGGCGACAUCUUCACCCUUUUGACGGGCGCCGAUGACUCGUUUGGCACAAGUCCUCCUCCUCACAAGCUCGCAAGGUGGCCAGACAAGCUCUGCCUCGAGGCCAGGGAAGCCAAGUUUGGCGAGGAAGAAACCGACAUGGAAUGUGAAGACGAGAUCACCGUGGGACACAUCACAAAAUGGAUGCCAAGAAUAUGA